AUGGGACACUGCCGGAAAAAGAACAAUGCCUCAGAGGCAAAAGAAGCUGUUUUUCUGCGGAGAAAGAUCACUCUCACCCGGGCUAUUGCUCUGGCCAUCGGCACCAUGGUGGGCAGUGGCAUCUUUAUAUCUCCCAAAGGUGUGCUGCAAAACUCUGGCAGUGUGGGAGUCUCCUUAAUUGUAUGGUUGGCUUGUGGAAUCCUUUCUCUCUUUGGCGCCCUGGCCUAUGCAGACCUUGGAACCAGCAUUACAAAGUCCGGGGGGCAUUACAUUUACCUCCUGGAAACUCUGGGGCCGCUGCCGGCUUUCUUGCGUUUAUGGACUGAGUUUGUGAUGAUCCGCCCCGCAAAUAUGGCUGUGGUAUCUUUGGCUUUUGGUCGCUAUUUAAUUGAGCCUUUCUUUGCCUCAUGCCAUGCUCCUGACUUGGCUGUGAAGCUCGUCACUGCAACAGGAAUCACCCUAGUAAUAGUUCUGAAUUGCUGGAGCGUGAGCUGGUCUGCAAACAUACAAACAGCACUCACAGCCCUCAAGAUGGCCACCUUAGGCUUGAUCAUCGUUCCUGGGAUGAUGGCUCUCAGCAACGGUCAUUAUGAAAACUUCCAGGAAAGUUUUGACACAAGUACACUGAUGUUGGACAAGCUACCUCUCGCUUUUUAUUCUGGCAUGUUUGCCUAUGGAGGUUGGUUCUAUGUAAACUUUGUAACAGAGGAAAUUGUAAAUCCUAAACGGAAUAUCCCGCUGAGUAUUACAGUGUCUCUAAUUGUUGUCACAGUAUGUUACAUCCUGACAAAUGUGUCUUACUAUGCAGUCCUGACACCCCAAGAAAUUCUCAGCUCCGAAGCAGUAGCUGUGAGCUUUGCUGAUAAAGUUUUCAAGAGCAUCUCCUCUGUGCUUCCCAUCCUUGUAGCUUUGUCCUGUUUUGGUGCUCUGAAUGGAGGGAUCUUUGCCGCUUCAAGGAUGUUGUUUGCUGCUGCAAGGGAAGGUCAGUGGCCAGCUCUUUUCUCAAUGAUCCACAUUCAAAGACACACUCCCCUGCCCGCCCUGCUAUUAAUGUUGCCACUGAUCUACUUGAUGGUAUUCAUUGGUGACAUCUUUGGUCUGCUGACUUUCUACAGUUUCGCACGUUGGUUCUUCAUAGGACUGACUACACUAGGGCUCAUGGUACAUCGUUAUCGUCAUCCAGAACUGCCGAGACCCUUUAAGGUGCCGCUGGUCUUCCCACUGGUAUUCACCAUAUCUUGUUUCUUCAUCGUGGUGACAUCGCUGUAUUCAGAUCCUGUGAACACUGGCAUUAGUUGUGCUGUCACUCUGUCUGGCUUGCCUAUCUACUAUCUGGUGGUUCAGAAAACUAGAAUACCAGGCUGCUGCACAUCAAAGUUCAACUCCAUGACAGCAAAACUGCAAAUCCUGAUGAGAGUGGCAUUCCAGGAAGUCCGGACUUACUGAAGGAAUUACCUGGUCAGAUGCACCAUCUUCAAGACCCCUUCAUAUACCGUCUUUGAUUGAAGGCAAACAUUGCCUCACACUCCAGUUUACAUCAGGCAAACCCAGAGAACCCUCAGAUAAAUCAUGUUUCUCACCACUUAGCCUGAAUAUUUGUACAGAAAAUGUGAAGGGCCAUUGUCUGCUACCCUUCAACGAGGAUGCCUUGGUUUUUGCUUAGACAGUAGUACAUGGAGCAAUGAGAGCAGGCAAAACAGGCAACAUCAAUGAUACAUUAGCUCAGAAGACUCCUUGCCUUUUGUUAUGGGAGUUGAUUUUUAAAUUUUUAUUCGCAGUGAAAGAGCAAGCUUGGUGCAUCAGAUUUUAGUUAUGAAAAAUAUUCUGUGCCCUAGUUAAUAAAGUGUUUAUACAAGUUAAGUGUUUUCUGUAGACAGGCACACAACACAAGACAGACAGUUCUUGAACUGGGGGAAAUGAAAAAAAAAACCCUCUUUGCAAUAAAUGUCAAUACUGCUUAUACUAUGAA